AUGAAAAAUAAUUCGACCUCAAACGAGAGGCCAAUAGCUUAUCUUAAUUGCUAAUGCCCGCUUCGAAAAUACAAGUUGCGCCAGUCAGUCAGUCGACGUCAAACCAAAAUGGCGCUUAGAGCAGGUUUUACUUUUGUCAAGUUAAAUUCACUACGACAAGCCACUAGGAAUGGAGGAACUUCCGAAUUUCCGGGAGCUAAAGCACCCUACGUAAAUGAAAUAAAGUUUCUGAACGAGAACAGUUACGACCCCAUACCUAUCUAUCGAGUGAUGGACAGCAACGGGCGAAUUAUCGAUAAUAGAGAGGAGCCGAAUAUCGAUAAAGAAUCACUAAUUAAUAUAUACAGAAAUAUGAUCCAGUUAAAUCAAAUGGAUAAAAUUUUAUAUGAAUCGCAGAGACAAGGUCGCAUUUCCUUCUACAUGACGAACUACGGGGAGGAGGGUAUACAUAUGGGUAGUGCUGCAGCCUUAUCCCCCCGUGACUUAGUCUUCGCUCAGUAUCGCGAGGUCGGAGUACUCCUGCACCGGGCUAUCACCGUCUCCGAGCUGGUGAACCAGUGUUAUGGCAAUUGCGAGGACCCUGGCAAGGGAAGGCAGAUGCCGGUGCACUAUGGUAGCAAGCAACACAAUAUCGUGACAAUAUCUAGUCCUUUGGCAACUCAGUUACCUCAGGCGGUAGGCGCUGCGUAUGCACUGAAGCGUAUGCCCAACAAUGACCGCUGCGUCAUUUGCUACUUCGGCGAGGGCGCAGCAUCCGAGGGCGACGCCCACGCCGCAUUCAACUUCGCCGCAACCCUUGAUUGCCCCAUCAUUCUCAUGUGUAGAAACAACGGGUAUGCGAUCUCCACCCCAUCAAGUGAACAGUACAGAGGGGACGGCAUUGCAGCUCGGGGACCUGCCUUCGGCCUGCACACCAUCCGAGUGGACGGCACCGACACGCUGGCGGUAUACCGCGCGGUGGCCAGCGCAAGAGACCUCGCCAUCAGUAACAAGCCCGUCCUCAUCGAGGCCAUGUCUUACAGAGUUGGACAUCAUUCAACUUCAGAUGACAGCAGCGCGUACAGAUCUGUUGAAGAAAUACAAAAGUGGGCUAAAGAUGAAAGUCCUGUGCAAAAACUACGAAUUUAUCUCGAAGGCAAAGGAUAUUGGGACGCGGAGGCGGAAACGCAAUGUGUGAAAGAGGCACGAGACUCGGUGGUCAGAGCGAUGCAAGACGCUGAGAAAAAGAAGUUGCCUCACUGGAAGGAGAUGCUAGAAGAUGUAUAUUACGACAUGCCACCCAAACUACAGAAACAAAUGAAACAAAUGGAGAAACAUCUCGAAAAGUAUCAAGAACAUUAUCCGCUCAACAAGUAUUUGAACGAAUAAGUUAUAUUAUUUGUAUCGUUUCAAAAAUCAGGAAGUCACAGAAGAAGUCUCAUUUUUUAUAGUCCAGUGUUUUUUUUUAUAAAUAAAUGAAUUUUGUUUUACUUUAUUUUA